AAGAAUGAGCGACGACUCCAAGACCAGAGGCCUUUCCGGCGACCAGCAGGGGCAGAGCCAGAGCCAGCAGCAGUACUACGGCACCUUCCAAGGCGUCGCCAACUACUACCCUCCGCCGCCGCAGCCACCUCCUGAGCCGGUUGUCGGGUUUCCUCAGCCGGUCCCACCUCCCCGUUCAUCCGGCCGUCCUCCGUUGCCUCCCCAUCAUCACCACCACCACCACCACCAUCACCAACAUGGAUACCAAACGGUUACUGGUUAUGCUGUUGUGGAAGGAAGACCUGUAAGGGAACGACGCCUUCCUUGCUGUGGCAUCGGCAUAGGCUGGUUAUUGUUUAUAGCAGGUUUCUUUCUUGGAGGCAUCCCCUGGUAUGUUGGAACUUUCAUCUUACUUUGUGUGCAGGUGGACUACAGAGAAAAACCUGGAUAUGUAGCGUGCACAAUAGCUUUCCACCAGUACCAGGUCGUCGGGAGGAAGCUCCCCACCGAGACCGAUGAGCAGCCGAAGAUUUACAGAAUGAAGCUGUGGGCCACCAAUGAGGUUCGCGCCAAGUCCAAGUUCUGGUAUUUUCUGAGGAAGCUGAAGAAGGUGAAGAAAAGCAAUGGCCAAGUUCUUGCCAUCAAUGAGAUCUUUGAGAAGAACCCAACAACCAUCAAGAACUACGGUAUCUGGUUGAGGUAUCAAAGCAGGACAGGUUACCACAACAUGUACAAGGAGUACCGUGACACCACUCUAAAUGGUGCCGUGGAGCAGAUGUACAUUGAGAUGGCAUCUCGCCACAGGGUCAGGUUUCCUUGUAUCCAGAUCAUCAAGACUGCCACCAUCCCCGCUAAGCUUUGCAAGAGGGAAAGCACCAAGCAAUUCCACAACUCCAAGAUCAAGUUCCCGUUGGUGUUCAGGAAGGUUAGACCACCAUCCAGGAAGUUGAAGACUACGUACAAGGCAUCGAGGCCCAACUUGUUUAUGUAAUUUGGUAACUCGACCAACAAGCUUAAACAGGGGUUAGUGUCAGAUAAGUCUCUGAAUCGUUCUGGUAGAACUCUCGGUUACUGUUUUUUUGGGUAUUUGUUUUGACUAUCUUAGAAGGACAAACAAUGGAGUACCUUUGGGGGUUCUAAAUCCCAUUUUUGUUCACUUCAAAAUUUGCAAUUGAUUAUGUUUGUUGCUCGAUUUUCA